CGCGAGCGCGGCGCUACCGGACCAACCAGCGAGCAGCACCGAGACGCGCGCGCGCACAAAAUGAGAGUUUCACUGAGUAUCAUCACUUUUCUCUGCUUGUGCACUGUGAAAGUGUCAGCUUUAGACACAUUUCCAGAAAAAUUUGUGAAAGGUCGGAAAAACACCAGUGUUACAUUGACUUGUGACAAAGCCACUAACAAACCCGUGACAUGGACGUGCGACAGUAUGGACCUCGAACCUAUAGAAGGUUUCAUUGAGAUCGAGGGAAACACACUGAUGCUUCUGAGUUUCGACAGUGAUCUGGCUGGGAAUUUCACCUGCUGGAGCGAGGGACAGGAAGUGGACUACAGCUACGUCCUGCUGGACGAAUCUGACACCAUAACCGAUUCUCCUGUGUCCUGCAUGACUGAAACCUUUAACUGCAUUGCAACAAUCACCUGCACCAUGAUGGAGAAGGAAUAUGAAUAUUUCAGGCUUCGGGAUGAAAGGCAUGAUGGCGUCUGGCUAACAUCCACAGACGGCAAGUUCAAUCUGACACACACUACCAACCCGUUUGCGGAGGAAGAUAAGCCCAUAGUGGUGAUCGGAGAAGGCGUGUCUCCUCUAAACUUAUACUUUCAAACCCGCUACAGCUUCUACAUCCGAGAUAUCAUAAAGCCUGGAUGUCCUCGUGUCUCCGUGUUGAAGACAGACGACGGGAGCGUGUUGGAUGUGAACCCUCCUGUCACCUGGGCUCUGCCCCUGAGCUACUACCCUCUGGAGCAUGAGAUCGAGUUCCAGAAGAGAACCGACGGUUCGAUCGCAUCACUCAUUUACACAAUCCCCAACAACACGGACUCGUCAGGAGGAAGCAUCAGCAUUCCGACCGGAACCAGUAAACUGCGAGCUCGCUGCAGAGACUCAGUCCUGCUCUCACAGUGGAGUGAAUGGACUGCGUGGCAAAAUGUGGUUAAGAGAAGACCAAAAAAUGGCAAGAAACUAAAGAAAAAGGACAAGAAGAAAAAAGCUGUUCGACACAGGAGCAGAAAAAUCUAAUUUACUGUGGCAUGAAGUUCUACACUGAAUUUUUUCUUUGUGUGGCUGUGUAUUCAAUUUACACUGUGUGUGUCCUCAUAUAGCAGUGCUUGAAAGUUUGUGAACCCUUUAGAAUUUUCUUCUGUAUAUUUCUGCAUAAAUAUGACCUAAAACAUCAUCAGAUUUUCACACAAGUCCUAAAAGUAGAUAAAGAGAACCCAGUUAAACAAAUGAGACAAAAAUAUUAUCAAAAAAAAAGUCAAAGUCCUUCCCACGCCUUACAGUACCUGGUAUUCCUAGGCAGUCUCCCACUCAAGUACUAACCAGGCCCAACCUGUAUGUGGCGCAUCGGGCGGCGCCGAUCUCCGUUUCCAUAGCCCUCGGCCUCUCGCCUAUUACAUAGCUAGGGUUACAGUGGGGGGCUAGUCCUCUGGUAACCACGAGAGUUUAACUCCCCAUGCACAUCUGUAUUGCAGCGUGCCUUGCCAGAUGGCGGUAGGUACCAUUUUUAUGAUGGUCUUUGGUAUGACCCGACCGUGAAUAGAACUCACGAUCUCCCGAUCGAGAGGCGGACACGCUACCACUAGGCCACUAGUCGGUCCCAAAAAUAUUAUACUUGGUCAUUUAUUUAUUGAGGAAAAUGAUCCAAUAUUACAGAUCUGUGAGUGGCAAAAGUAUGUGAACCUUUGCUUUCAGUAUCUGGUGUGGCCCCCUUGUGCAGCAAUAACUGCAACUAAACGUUUGUGGUAACUGUUGAUCAGUCCUGCACACCGGCUUGGAGGAAUUUUAGCCCGUUCCUCCAUACAGAACAGCUUCAACUCUGGGAUGUUGGUGGGUUUCCUCACAUGAACUGCUCGCUUCAGGUCCUUCCACAACAUUUCCAUUGGAUUAAGGUCAGGACUUUGACUUGGC